AUGGAGUCUUUGCGGGAGAAGUUCAUGAUUGCCGAUUCUGAGCAAGAAAUAUGUCCAACUGUGAAACGGAGGAACAGACCCUCGGCGUGCUGCCACACCGGUAAUCUUUUGACAUGCAUCGGCUGUUCGGACAACAACGUGGCAUUUUCGAACUUCCUGUUUGGGAUGUUGGCUGUUUUGAUCCAACUGUCUUCGCUAUGUUCCAAUCACUGGUUUUACACCAUAGAACCACGUGCCGCCGACGGUACCGACGAACGAGGAGAUCCGAAGGAAGUGCUAUUCAUAUACAACGCUGGAUAUUGGUGGAUAUGUCGCGAGCCUUACGGAGAUGGUUUUGACAAUAGUUCCACACUCGGUUUUCUGGAGGGCAGCGAAUACGAGAUGCAGCUGGCGGUGAUCCUGCACAUCGUUAGUCUUUGCCUGACGACGUCAUCAGUAGCACUGUCGUUCUUUGGAUUUUUACGGAAGGACAUUCGUACGCUGAUAGCCUCAAUGACUUACAUCUUAUCAGGAAUCAUCAUAUCAAUGAGUGUACUUCAGUUUAUCUGUGUGCUGGAGGAUGAAAUGAAUACUCGCGUUAAACCGACGCCGGAAGGGGAACCUUCGAAAUAUCGUUCGUAUUACGGCUGGUCGUUUGUCCUUGCUUCGUGCUCUUUUAUCUUCAUACAAGUCUGUGCACUGAUCGAACUCUUGAUCUACCUACGACGGUACAAUACGAUCGAAGAAAAGCUUGUUUUGAACGAUGGCCCCUGGACUGUCCGCAACAACGAGCAGGUAAAGAAGCGAGUGAUCGAAGUUUCAGCAAAGGACCUCAACGUGCUACUGCGACCACCGCGCCAGUAUACAGAAAUGAAUCACAAGUAUACUAAAGUAGUGAUAUUGGCGGCCAUCCUUGUGACAGCAGUGGUCUACUUCGAAAUUUAUAAGGCAGUGCAAAUGAUGAAAGAUAUCACAGGAGAAGGUAUGUUUUCGACGUCAGGCAGGAAAACGAAAUUUUACUUGAAAAAGCACCCUUUCCUGUGUGAAGAAAUCCUGUUGGGCAACAGUGCGACGGUCGCAGAGGCGGUGAGCAAGAAAAGACAAGUGUUGAGUGAGUUUGAAUGCUACGAGAUUUUCAACGACUGUGAAAAUGUCCGAUCUCGCCACUUUUACCCCGACCGGCCAGACUCGAUGCAAGAGAGCAAUUUUCCCAUCGCCUACGUCAUACUGAUCAACGAGCACCUGGAACAGGUAGAGAUGUUGCUGAACGCGAUUUAUGCUCCUCAGAACGUCUACUGUUUCCACGUCGAUAUCAAAGCACCUCUACUCAUUCACCUAGCAAUGAAACGACUGGCAGGCUGCUUUCCGAACGUGGUCGUCAGCUCUUCGUCGUACGCCAUUUCUCGAGCGACUUCGUUUACCAUUGAUGCCUUUGUUCAGUGCAUCGAUGACUUGUACAGAUUCGAACGACGGCACCAAAGAAAGCCUUGGAAGUACCUCAUAACUCUGCAGAAUCACGACUUCCCUCUGAAAACGAACCUGGAGAUCGUGAACAUACUCAAAAUGUACGGUGGUUUCAACGACGUGGAACUGAUGCCGGCUCCGGGUUCACGAACCCAAAACUUUUACUACUAUGAGCGAAAUUCCAUGGGUGUUCCCGAGAUAGCGAAGACAGUAAAUCUGACGCGAGGAUCCCGCCCGUUUAACGUCACGUUUUACAAAGGCAGUGUCGUCGCUUCUCUCAGCCGUCCAUUCCUCGAUCAUCUGCGGAGGCACCCAAUUUUUCAUGGCUUGAAGUCGUAUUUGAAGUUUUCGUUUUUCGGCGAUGAACUGUUCUGGAGCACGCUGAGCCAUAACCAGCAUCUUGGCUUUCCGGGCACGUAUCCUGGCCGGUGUGCAAGCGGCGGAAGAAACGUCUGGGUCAGCAGGCUAGCCGUUUGGCAAUCCGGAGAGUAUAUGGAAAGGUUCAACUGCUGCGGAAAAUGGCGAAAUACCGUAUGCGUUCAAUCUACUGCGGAUCUUCGUAAUCUCAUUGGCCGCCCUGAACUAUUUGUCAACAAGUUCAUUCAAAGUUUCGACGUGAUUGCUAUCGAUUGUAUUCAUGAGCUUCUCUACCACCGAAGAUACGACGGUUGGAAACUGGGCGUUCCAAACAUGCCCUAUUACGAGCAAGCCUCUGCGGUACAGUACAAAAAUUGGCUGAAUGCAGGAAAGAAGAAAGAGGACUUCAAGUGCAUCACGUGCACCAAGUGUGCUCAUUGA